GCUGCAUUUUCUGAAGACACUUGUUCAGACUGGUUUGCUUUACCAUGGAUCUCUCAGUCAGCACCAUUCUUCUCUUGACCGUCUCCUGCUGCCUGUGGAAUGCAGAAGCCCGAAGUUAUAGAUAUGUGCUCACUGUGCCAAAUGGAGGUCCCUGGGGUUCCUGGGGCUCAAGUGAGUUUUGCUCCACUGGUUAUGCUCAUGGCUUCUCCUUGAAGGUAGAGAGAUCCCAAGGGAAUGGCGAUGAUACAGCUCUGAAUGGAAUCCGCUUGUACUGUAGUGAUGGCAGAACAAUUGAGUCUACAGUUGGACCGUGGGGAACCUGGACAGAGAACCAAUUUUGUCCCUCAGGCUACCUGGUUUCUUUUUCUCUGAGAGUGGAACCACCUCAAGGAAAGGGUGAUGAUACAGCAGCUAACAACAUCCAAUUCACCUGCAGUGAUGGUAGUGCCCUGGUGGGCCAUGGGAUGCACUGGGGUAGUUUUGGGGCAUGGAGCCAUCGCUGCCCCUCAGUUGGCAUCUGUGGGAUCCAAACAAGGGUGGAGGGUUCACAGGGCAGGGGUGAUGACACAGCACUCAAUGAUGUGAAGCUUUUCUGCUGCUAAUGGCUGAUACAUGUUUCUUACCUAACCCUAAUUACAAUUAAAAAUUAACCUGAGAACAGGGUGUUUCUCCAUGUA